AGGCGCACGAGGAGAGGUUCUUUUGAAGCUUUUAAUUCUCAGAGAUAAUUUAAAUCUUGAUCCUGGAGGAGAACCUGCUGAGAUGUCUUUAAUCCUGCCCUGACUGAUGUGAGCAGCUAAAGACUCUCUCUGAGAAGAAGAUCCACUGACCCACCAGAUCCAGAACGUUCCUGAUGUGACUCUCAUUUAGACCAAGUGCCGCCUCCAUGAGAAGUCCACACGACCUCUGACCCUCGCAGCAUGGACCUCCAUCUACAGGGAAACCCUCAGCUCCACUACGGGGUCAACGGGGGCGCUGGCCGAAAUCCCAGACCAGGAGCUGACGACACACUGAAGUUCCUGAGCCGGGAGGAACGCGAGUGCCUCCAGUUCUUCGAGAAAACCAUCGACUCAUUGGAGGACGGUCUGGAAGAUACCGAUCGCAAGCAAAGGCAGAUGAGGCUGGCUUCAGGCUCCAGCGCCCCGGUCUCUGCGGUUGACGGUCCUACAACCAGAAGUCAAAACCCAGGAGUCAUGACGUCCUCUUUUCAGAGCCCAAAAGACCAGGAUAUCAUUGACCUGGUUCGCCCCAAUCCAGACUUGGUGCAGACGAGAGAGCCGAUCUUCAAUCCCACCAAUCCAGACUUUCAUAACAUGAUGCAGACCCCUGGGAGCCACUUCCAGAUCAAGCCAAGGCGGGAUCACACGGACAGCUUGCCCUCAGAGUACAACCCUCCUUUACCCAGCGGGAGCUACGGGCCGACAGACAGCCACUCCUCCUACCAUCCUCCAGGCAGCAUCCCCACCCCGGUUCUGAUUGCCCAGAAGAUUGCAGAGAACCAGGGAGGUGGUCCUGCCAACAUAACUCCAGCCUCACUCCUCCGCCGUCUGAGCUUGGAGUCUGAGAAACCAGUGAACUACGGCACCGAUCAGACCGGCAGACACGGUCCUCCAACGUCUGCUAAGCCAUCUCGCCUCCCUUCAAACAUCAGCAUGGUUCACAGCGGCAAGGACCACCAGAGCCAGUCUCUACCCAACGUGAACCUCAACGAGAGACGGUCGCAGAUGUUGGCGAAUCUGGCAGGAACCGCUCAUCCUCUCCUGCAGGAGGACUCUCUGCUGACCGUGGAGCAGAAGGAAAGGAACGUCCCCACUCGCAGCAUUUCCUUCAAGGAUCCCUCACCAGACAAAUCCAGGAUGGAGGCGCUGUCUAAGCUGGGUCUGAACAGGGACAGAGCCAUGUCUGGGGGUACGUCACUCCUUGUCCCUCCUGACAGCACUCGCCCAGAUCCUCCCCCUUAUGUAGAACCAAGUCCCAAACCCGUGGAAGUCAGUGUCCCCCCAACAGUGGAAACCAGCAACAAAAUCCAAGAAGCCUACGCUCCAGCACCUCGUCCACGCCAGAUCCAGGUCGACAGUAAACCAGAGGUUCUGCGCAGAGAUUCUGUAGACGGCCAUGAAGACAGAAACCUGGACCAGUUCCCUCCACCUCCGCCACCCCCAGAGAGCAGCUACUACCCACCUCCUUUGGAAAUCAAAGCCCCCCUCCCCCCUCCGGUUGAGGUAACCCAGCCAGAGUUCAACACAUACGGAGGGAAGUCUUUCGUGAUCAACCCCACUGUGACCCCCAGGAGUGAACCCACAAUCUCUCCAACUAUCCCUGAACCCAAAAACCUCCCCUCAGCACUGGCGAGUCCCUCUGAGUUCAACGACUAUGGAGGAAAGACCAAAGUCAUCAACGUUGCUCCUGUAGUCACGCCCAGGAGCAACCUCCCGGACAUUCUCAGCUCCCACAUCGACAAGAGUCAGAUCUUACCGUCCAAACCAGAACUCUCACCCGCCGAGCUCAACAGCUACGGAGGGAAGAGCCGGGUCAUCAACCCGUCCGUGGUCGUGAGUCGCCCUUCGGAGAGUCCGGGAAGGAGUUUCAAAGCUCCAGCCCCGACCCCGGCCCCAAAACCACCCCGGCAUUCCUACCACGGCGCUGUCACUCCCCAGAAACCAACACACAGCGUCUUGUUGCCGGACCACAGGCGGAGAUCCAGCAUGUUCAGACCCCAAAGCAUCACCGUGCAGUUUUCUGGAAAGGGGGCGAUGGACGAGUCCAGGAGGGACGCACUGAGGAAACUGGGACUGCUGAAAUAGUCCUGAUACACUUUGGGAACUUAUCUUUGAGCCUGGAGGUGGUGUACUGGACGUUUCUGCGUCUGUGCCUAAGGAUUGGUUGCAGAGGAAUGGAGCCUAUAGCAGACCUGCACAGACAGUUUUUACUUCCUGGCUGUUAGAAACUUGUUGGACUCGGUGCAGUUUCAUCACUGAUUGAGAGGCAGAGUUCUGUGCUGCCUCUGAUCCAAGACACUGUUUACCUCCUUAAAGACAAACUGAACCAAACUAACGCUGUAAAGAAGAGCAUCCACUUUGGUCCCUUUGGAAUCAGAGAACAGGAGGUUCCCAGUCUUACCUUUGGAGGGAAAUGGAACUUUUAUUUGUGAAUAGAAAGACUUUCUAAACUUAAUGUAAGUGUAUCUGUGUUGUUGUAGAUUUGAUCAAACAUUACCCAAAAUAGGAGGAAAUGUUACAUUUGUUGGGGAUUAUCUUUAGCGAUGGAUUGACACGCUUAUUAUUCUAAAGGUGUUCCUAGGAUUGGGUCCAAGCUUUGUGCAGUUUAGUAGGAAUUACCUCAAAUGGAAAUAAGAGCAGAAAAUCACCUAAAUGAGAUAAGAUAAGAAAGUCCUUCACUCGUCCCACAGAGGGGAAAUUCAAGUGUCACAGUAGCAAGAAGACAU